AUGCAAGAAGUGCUUGAAAACAGUCGGCCUAGUUUUGCUGAUUCUCGUUCGUCGCUGAGCAUCUCAGCGGACACUAGUCGUCGAGCUUCUCUACGAACUGCUCUCCCAGCGAGAAACUCUGGGUCACCGACAGCCAGCUCACCUAGGACCCGUUUGUCGAGAAAAAGAGCAGCUUCACUUGAACUUGAUAUUGCAAACCACCCCAGACUGGAUGAUCUUACUCUUGAUAGUGUAAGUACAGCUCCGCCACUUACAGCAGAUCCUACAAGAGAGCAGGUGUGCCUUUGUCAACCGGAUCCAAAGAUACCUCGACCUCGAAACGCGUUUAUUCUUUACCGGCAACAUUACCAGGCAUCUGUCGUUGCCCAACACCCCGGACUUGCCAAUCCAGAAAUAUCGAAGAUCAUUGGAGAGCAGUGGAGAUCACAACCGCCUGAAGUAAAAGAAUACUGGAAACAACUUGCUGAGGAAGAAAAGACACGCCAUCAACGUCAGUACCCAGGCUAUCGAUACCAGCCAAGACGUACCGCGAAAGGCACGAGUUCACGACCGCUUCCGACUUCAAAUUCCGACGAGUCAUUGCACUGUCCAAAGUGUAACGGUCGCUAUAUUUCUACGCCAAAUACACCUUUAACACCCUUUACACCAGCUUUUGAGCCUCGAGCAACCACAGGAGCCAUACACACUCCGUCCACACCGUCACAGAUCAACCAGACCGCAAGACUUCCAUAUCCGUCAUCAAUGCAAAACACAAGGAUGGAAAGUCCUCGUGGAGGACCUCCGCAUCCAUCUAUGCUCCGCAGACCGCUCUAUUCUGGACAUCCACAUUUGUCAACGCAUCAUGAGGUGGAUGACGACACGGAAAUGAUGAGCCCAGAUGGGUCUGACCCGAAGCGCCGAAGGAUCAAUCAAGAUUCGUAUCGAUAUAAUAACGAUGGCCCUCGUGGUUACGCUCCAUCUUCUGGCCCAUUCUCCGCACCUCAACCGUUCGCUCGCAAUGGCGCUCUGCCCGUGGCAGCCGCAGGUUACCGACAACAUCUCCCAUCUACGCCUAGAAUGUUGGGCCAGCCUAGGUCGAUGGGACCACCGCCGCAAUAUGCCUCUGCAAACCACCAGCGAAGGCCUUCAUACACACCACAGUCAGCUACUUUUGAUGAAUCUCUACGGCUCCCGCCAUUGCAAACACAUCUUCCAGCAGCUCCAUCAGCGAAUUCUGCUAAGCCCGACCAUAGAAAUGAAGUCAGAGAAAGCCACGCGAAGAGUGUGGAGGCAAUGGUCAUGACGAUACCGUUCGUCAACAAGAUCAAAGUCCUCGCAAAGAUAUCACCUGCACUGGCAGCUCCCAGUGCUCUGAGCCCUGCCAUCGAGACUCGUGGAGCUACAAUUGCGAUAGAAGGAUCAGACAAGGAACUUCUCUCAGAGGUAGGAGAGUACAUCAAGGACCACCUUGAGAAAGACGCCUCUUGUGCAAUCAAGACGUGGCUAGGACCGAGACCAGGCUCUCAGGAAACUAACGCUUUCCCAAAAGACACAGUCAUGACAGAAGGUGUAUCCAAGGAGCCUGAAGAGUUAUUCACAGAUUACUUGGGCACCAUCAGUAGUUGGCACAAGAAAUCUCAGGAGAUGAUCAAACACAUCACCACUCCGCCCUCCAAACCUACGGGUAAAUCGAAAGACGUAGUGCAGGCGAAGCAAACACCAAUUGCCUUGAUACCUAACGGCUUUUCGUUGACGACCUCAGAUGCGUAUGCUGUUCAUAUUCCAAUCAACGAUUCCUAUGCACCGGUAGAUCACUGGCAGUGGAUGGCAACUCUGUGGCGCGGAAUCAUUGGUCCAGAUCUUACUAUCUACGCUGCUAGAGUUGGGAAAGACGAUGUAGUUCCCGGGGGUAUUGGUGGUGGAGGGGUGGAGGUUAGAAAGGAUUGCAGUGCGAUUGUUGUUCGUGUCGAAGAGGGCAAGAAAAUGGAUGAGAAAACUGCGAGGAGAUUGGGUUUCGAGGUUUUGGAAUUUGUGCGGGGGGAGCAAGGCAGUUUUGGGAAGGUCUGA